AUGUCUGAAGAAGUGACCUACGCGACACUCACAUUUCAGGAUUCUGUUGGAGCAGGAAAUAACCAGGAUAGAAAUAACCUAAGGAAAAGAGGGUCUCUAGCUCCAUCCCCCAUAUGGCGUUGGGCUGCUCUGAGUCUGCUAACUCUUUGUCUGCUGCUGCUGAUUGGGCUGGUGACCUUGGGGAUCAUGUUUUUGCAGACAUCUAAUGAAAUUAAUUCAGAUUCAGAGAAAUUGAGCCAACUUCAGAAAAUCAUCCAUCAACAGCAGGAUAACUUUUCCCAGCAGCUGAGCAACUACAGGAACUUUCCCAUGGAGAAGGAAUUUCUCAAAUCCCAGAUCUCUAAUUUAUUGGUGAGGCAGGGACAAAUGGCCGUCAAACUCUGCCAGGAGCUAGUCAUCCACAUUUCAGACCACAAAUGUAAUCCUUGUCCUAAGACAUGGCAAUGGUACCAAACGAGCUGCUAUUAUUUUGCCACAAAUGAGGAGAAAACCUGGACUAAAAGUAGAAAAAACUGCACGGACAAGAACUCCACCUUGGUGAAGAUAGAUAGCUUGGAAGAAAAGGAUUUUCUGAAAUCACAGCCAUUACCCAAGUUUUCUUUCUUCUGGUUGGGAUUAUCAUGGGACCCAUCUGGCAGAAAUUGGCUAUGGGAGGAUGGCUCCAUUCCCUCUCCAUCCUUAUUUAAUACCAAAGAAUAUGCCCAGACCAAUGGAUCCAAAAGAUGUGCCUAUUUUCAAAAAGGAAAUAUUUAUAUUUCCCGCUGCAGUGCUGAAAUUUCUUGGAUUUGUGAGAAGACAGCUGCGUUAGUGAAGAUUGACGAUUUGGAUUAA